AUGGACACGCCCAUGCACGCCAUCAACGAGUCCAGCCUCAUGCUGGGCAACGCCACGGGCCACGCGCAGGUGCUGGGGCUGCCGCUCAACUGGGUGGAGACGAACCGCGCGCUGAGCCUGCUGCUGGCCUUCGCGUGCUGCGUGGUGGCCACGCUGCUGAGCGCCUACAACAUCGUGCAGCACCUGGCGCACUACUCGCGGCCGCAGCUGCAGCGCUACAUCGUGCGCAUCCUCGUGGUGGUGCCGGUCUACGCGCUGGGCUCGCUGCUCUCGCUGACGUUCGUGAACCAGGCGCUGUAUUUCGACUCGAUCCGCGACUGCUACGAGGCCUUCGUGGUCUACAGCUUCCUGGCGCUCGUGCUCAGCUUCGCCGGCGGCGAGUCCGUCUGCGUGCUCAAGAUGCAGAGCGAGCCCGACAUCCGCCACCCGUGGCCGCUCAGCCGCUGCUUCGAGCCGGUGGGGCGCGACGGCCGCCUCCUGCGGCUCUGCAAGCGCGCCACCAUCCAGUUCGUCUUCAUCAAGCCCAUCUUCGCGGCGCUGUCGCUGCUCAUGCUGGCCUGCGGCAAGUACCACACGCUCGCGUACCAGCUCAUCCUCGUCGUGGUCUACAACAUCUCGUACUCGGUGGCGCUCUACGGUCUGUGGCUCUUCUACCUGGCCACGAGGCACAUCCUGCAGCCGUUCAACCCCGUGCUCAAGUUCUUCGCGGUCAAGAGCGUCGUGUUCCUCACCUUCUGGCAGAACAGUCUGCUGGACUUCAUCCCGGGCAUCACCAACGAGCAGACCUUCGCCUGGAAGGACUUCAUCCUGUGCGUCGAGAUGGUCCCGUUCGCCUUCGUGCACCUGCUGGCCUUCAACUCGAGCCAGUUCAAGAAGAACCUCGACCGGCUGCCUGACUCGGAGGUGCUCAACAACAUGAAGGAGGUGCUGAGUCUCUCGGACAUCCUGGCGGACGCCUACCACAACUUCAUGCCGUCCUACCGCGACUACAUGCUGCAGCGCGGCGGCGAGUCCACCGGUCGUGCUCGUGGCAAGAACAAAUCCUCGGGCUUCGGCGACACUUCCUCGUCUGAAGGCAGCCCCACGCCCAUGGCGCACAACAACCCGCGCGUGCCGCGCUUUGUGAUCGACGACGAGGAUGACGACGAGAUGGAGGAGAUCGACCUCGAGUCGAACGUCAGCACCACGACGUCGUCGGCCGAAUUGCCGGCGUCUACGAAGAACGCGAUGCCCGAGCUGAAGCUGCCGGCCAAGAAGCAGGCGGAAGCCACUGAAGAAGCGGACGCGGACGUCACCAUGGCCAACCCGCAGGACGACGACCAAGUCAAGGCCGAAGAAGCCGCCCUCGAGGAAGGAACCAGCACAGCGGCCGAUCAACAGACAGAAGAAGGUGAGGCCCCAUCAGUAGAGGCAUCAACUCGACAACGCUCCAGCAGCUCGCCCAGUGCCGCCAGUGCUCAUGAACGCACGCGGCACGGCGAGGACAGCGCUACUUUGUAG